AUGGCGGGCGGGCGGCUGUCUCUGCCGCGGCCUCGAGUGCGCCUCGUCUCGCUCUUCGUCUACUCGAGCCUCGUCUCGUGUGCCGCCUCGUGGGCGGCGUGGCGGGCGGGCGGCUUGAGCCUCGUCUCGCUCUUUGUCUACUCGAGCCUCGUCUCGUGUGCCGCCUUGUGGGCGGCGUGGCGUGGCCGGCGGCUGUCUCUGCCGCCGCCUCGAGUGAGCCUCGUGUCGCUCUUUGUCUACUCGAGCCUCGUCUCGUGUGCCGCCUCGUGGGCGGGGCUCGUCUCGUGUGCCGCCUUGUGGGCGGCGUGGCGUGGCGGGCGGCUGUCUCUGCCGCCGCCUCGAGUGAGCCUCGUCUCGUUCUUCGUCUACUCGAGCCUCGUCUCGUGUGCCGCCUCGCCGCCUCGAGUGAGCCUCGUCUCGCUCUUCGUCUACUCGAGCCUCGUCUCGUGUGCCACCUCGUGA